AUGGCUUCUGGAGAACGCGUCGCUAUCUUUUGGGAUUAUGAGAAUGUGCGUGCGCCAUCAAGUAUUUCCGGGAACGUCCUGGCGGGCAAUAUCCGCGCAGUAGCCCACUCGUAUGGCACGGUGACCGCCUUUAGGGCGUAUGUCGACUUGGCCGAGUUGGUGUCGUCAAAGGGCAACCUCCGAUCCAACCUACAGACGUCCGGGGUGUCGUUGGUGGAUUGCCCGCACAACGGGCGGAAGGAUGUAGCCGAUAAGAUGAUCAUUGAUGGCUUGACGAGCACCCAUGCUCUUCCCGCAGUCGACAUGCUCGCGUUCGCAAUUGACCAUCCCGCGCCUGCGACAAUCAUUCUAAUAUCAGGAGAUGGCGAUUUCGCUUACGCGUUGUCUACGCUCCGGAACCGGGGAUAUGAUGUCGUUCUCAUUGCACCGAAGUGCGCUAGUGCAUCUAUCAAGUGCGUUGCGUCCCAGCUUCUCGACUGGGACAGCGACGUACUGGCUAGGGCUACAAGUGCACCUUCUGUGCUAUGGGCUCGCCAAUACCGGACUCUUGCCGAUCUCGAUGAGGGGUCGGAUCCGCCGGUGGUCGAGAGCAAAUUUGACCGGGGCGUCCCUGAGGCAUUAGAAGAGUCACUGAAGCAAGUACCAACUGCCAACCCGGUGGAAAAAGCAUCUAUGGCAAAGCAUACCGCGGGCCCAGGCUCUCCGCAUACUGAUAGUGAUGGUAUGCAAGGCCUUCGUCAUUCCAUCUUGCCGUGGACGCUGUAUGGACACCUUCUACCGGGGUGCAGGCCACCUUCGCCUGCUAGCUCAGAUACGGCCGCCAGCGAAAACUCCUUGUCUUCGUCUUCAACGUCUGCGUCGUCCGUCAUUACGAGUCCCACUCUGUCCCCGGCAACCCAGUCACCCAUCAUCAUGACGUCCUCCGUAGUGUUGUCCCCUGAGCAUCCCGUUAGUCCAGCCGGUGUUCGCGCGGAAGUGGCGGGUAGCACUCAAAGCGGAAGUAGCGAGGGUGCUGCUGCUGCUGGGCCAGCUACCCCUGGUGGUAUGGAAGCUUCGUCGGCGGAGGCUCGAGCUGCCAAUUCACUGCCAGCCAGCGUGCCCACAUCGACGCCAGCUCCAUCAUUCCCAACCACGAACGUUGCGAAGACGCUCUUGCCCAGUGUUCCUAUGUUCGUGCGAGCGAGCAGCAGCCCUGCUGCUGCUGCUGAGCUCUCAUCUUCCCCACCAACGAUAAUAUCGCCUCCUAGCGUUACGCCUCCCAUUCGACCCGUGACUGUUGCGCCGCAAGCAUCAGUAUCCACAGCCACGCGUGUACCUGCAAGGAAUCCGGGCGCAUCGGUACCCGAUAGGUUUAGGCCUCUCGUACAGUACCUGGAGCAGGCGCGGCGGAGCGGGAAGUCUAGCAUUGAAUGGGUCACCCUUGCAACGGAAUUUUGGCCGCAGAAGGGCAACUAUGAACGUGCCGGGACGCGAAAGUUCAGGCAGUAUAUGAACGGCGCGGUUAACGAGAACAUCGUCAACGUCACUGCAGUCGGCACAGGAUACGUCUCUCUCCAGAGUCGAUUCCAUGGCGCCACUUUCUAA